AUGACCUACGGUCAAAUCGGAUUCAUUCAAGUAGGUGCUGGAUUCUUUACCUAUUUUGUGAUCAUGGCCGAGAAUGGUUUUUUACCAUCACGUCUUUUGGGUCUAAGGAAAUCAUGGGAAUCAAGUGAGAUAAAUGAUUUACAAGAUUCAUAUGGACAAGAAUGGGUUUGAAAUUUUCUUUUGUUUCUGUUUUCUAUCAUAGUUUUAUGGGUUUUUUCCUCUCUCCUUAUUUAGACAUUUGAACAAAGAAAACAACUUGAAUAUACG